CAAGAGCACUACGAUAUUGGCAGCGACCAGGAACCUUUUCAUCAUAAUCGUUGGGUCGACGAAAAGACCCUCCCCGGGUUCCGGGCGUUCAUGAAAGAUUCCCUUCAAAAGUUGGAGCAGCUGCACAGAGCCGUCCUGGACGCUCCGCUCUUGGGGCUGGAAGUGGACCCCAGCGAGGCCGACUACUUCCGCUCUCUUCACGCCGGGCCCCAGAGUAAAAUACGACUACUGCACUAUCCAGCACUCCUCGAGUCGACCACCGAUCGUCAGGCGACCACUUGGUGUCCCUCGCACACAGACUUUAUGACCUUCACAUUACUCAUCCAGGAUCAGAAUCAGGAAGUGGAGGUCGAAGACUGA